AUGGACGAAAUUAUGCUAGACAAAAGAGCUCCUGUUGAAGGAGCAAUUCAUAAACGUACUCCCCAGAGACCAGCGUCUGUACCGACUGAUAUAUACAUUUCAACCAAAAGCAAGAGAAGUGCGAUAGUAAAGCGUGUACGAAGACUAAUGCUCAAAGAAAACCACAAAUCAGUCGUUAUACAUGGAUUAGGAGCUAUGGUGAUCAGAGCCGCAUCGAUGGCAUUAGCGGCGCAGGAAGCUUUAGAAAACCAAGUUACUCUAAAACCAACUACAGAGACAAUUUCAUUAAUAGACGACAUUAUACCUGAUGAUAUGGACAAGGACCUGGAGACCCAAAAAAGACAAAACUCAAUUAUACACAUCACGUUAGAAGCCAAAGACGGAUUAGCAGAACUACAACGAAAAACGGGGCAGAUCAUCCAUCAUCCUUCGAGAAAUAGAAGAAGCAGACGCUGGCAGUAA